AGCAGCGGUUCAAAGACCUCGAAUUAAACUGAAAUACGGAGACAACCGCGCGACCACCACGAGACAGAGAAGAGACUAGGCAGACCAGACUAGGCACCAGACUAUCUGACACUGCAACAUGCCUGUGGCAGCUACUGGCACAGAACCUGCGGUCACGCAGGUUCUGGACACCCUGAGUGACAGCACCAGCUCCACCACUGCCAACGAUCUGGAUCUCAUCUUCCUCAAGGGCAUCAUGGAGAGCCCAGUGGAGCCAGAGAGUCCUGGGGAGACGAGGCUGGAGGCGGUCAGGGAGAACAACGUUGAGCUGGUCCAGGAGAUCCUCCAGGACCUCAGCCCCUUCACACACCGCAGCAGCACCGCCGCUGAGCUCACACUCAUCCUCAAUGAGCCCCACUUCCUGUCCCUGCUGGAGACUCAUGAUUCGGUGGCUUCUCAGACGUGUGAGAGCCCGCCCCCCAGCCCGUGUGCUUACAUGGACCCGCCCACCGCCACCCAGCCCCCUGACGCCGUCAGGAUGGUGGGCAUCCGCAAGGUGGCCGGAGAACAUCUGGGGAUCACGUUCCGUGUGGAAGCGGGGGAGCUGGUGAUCGCCCGGAUCCUGCACGGGGGCAUGAUCGACCAGCAGGGUCUGCUGCACGCCGGUGACAUCAUCAAGGAGGUGAACGGCCGUCCAAUGGGGCAGGACGUGCAGGUGCUGCAGGAGGUGCUACAGGACGCUAGCGGCAGCGUGGUCCUCAAGAUCCUGCCCAGCUACCAGGAGUCCCACCUGCUCGGACAGGUAUUUCACAAGUGUCACUUUGAUUACGACCCAGCCAAUGACAACCUGAUUCCCUGCAAGGAGGCGGGGCUGAAGUUCGACACAGGGGACAUCCUGCAGAUUGUCAACCAAGAUGACCUUAACUGGUGGCAGGCUCGGCAUGUGGAUGGAGGCAGUACUGGUCUGAUCCCCAGUCAGCUGCUGGAGGAGAAGAGGAAAGCUUUUGUGAAGAGAGAUGUGGAGUUACCUCCUGCAGGUACUUUGUGCAGCGGAGUUGGAGGAAAGAAAAAGAAGAAGAUGAUGUAUGUUACCACCAGGAACGCAGAGUUUGACAGACAUGAGUUGUUGAUCUAUGAGGAGGUUGCCAAGGUGCCUCCAUUCCGGAGGAAGACGCUGGUUCUGAUUGGUGCUCAGGGAGUGGGUAGGUGGAGCCUGAAGAACAAGAUGCUGUUGAAGGAUACACAGCUGUUCGGAACCACUAUACCCCACACGUCCAGGAAGCCCAAGGCUGGCGAGCGCGAGGGCCAGAUGUACGCCUUCACCAGCCGCAGCAAGAUGGAGGCCGACGUGAAGGCCGGCCGCUACCUGGAGCAUGGGGAGUACGACGGCAGUAUGUACGGGACCAAGAUCGACUCCAUCCACGAGGUAGUGGAGGCCGGCCGGGUCUGCAUCCUGGACGUCAACCCUCAGGCUCUGAAGGCGCUGCAUACAUCAGAGUUCCUCCCCUACGUGGUGUUUGUCGAGGCUCCAGACUUUGAGGUCCUGAAGGCCAUAAACAGCUCGGCGGUCGAGGCCGGGGUGGUCAGCAAGCUGCUCACGGACGUGGAGCUGAAACGCACGGUGGACGAGAGUGCCAAGAUCCAGCAAGCCUACGGACACUACUUUGAUCUGACCGUUGUCAACGACAACCUGGACGAGACCUACCGCACCAUCAAGACUUCCCUGGAGACGGUUACCAAGAGCCAGCAGUGGGUCCCUGUUACCUGGGUGUUCUAGGGGAGGAGUUUAGGGAAAAAGAGGGGGAGGAGUUUAGGAAAAUAGAGGGGGAGGAGUUUAGUGAGGAGAGGGGGCCAGGCACCCCAGGUCCCACUGCCAACCAGAAAUCUUCUAAAAUGGACCGGCGCAAUUACAACAGCUUGGACAACACCUCUACACAUCUGUUGCUGAAACAUCAAGGACUGUGUGUGUGUGUGCCCAUCUGUGUGUGUGUGUGUGUAUGUGUGUCUCCAACCUCCAUGUUCUCUUCAUAGGCAGCAGUUCAUCAAUGUUUACAUCCACCUACAUCCUACACCCUCACACUCAUACACCCCCCCUUCCCUGUCACACUCAUA